AUGCACGGGGAGCUGGGGAUAUAUGUGGCGCUGGGGCCUGAGGGACAUCCCCCUGUUGGCAUGAACACCAGCGCCAGCACCAGCCCUGCAACUGACACCUUGAACUGCGGGUACUCCGAAUUUAACGCCGCUGACAUGAAGUACCGCGGUAACGCUAAGAACAGGUAUGCAGGGGGCUACGGAACUGGAAGCCUGGACCGCGAUGCCGCGGACCUGCACCUGCUGUGUCAGCACCUACGCCGCCACCACGAUGUGAGCGGUGUGGUGCUGCUGGGCCACUCCACCGGCUGCCAGGACACGGUCCGCUACGUGCAGCGGUACGGACCUUCCGCCGCCGCCGCGAUAGCGACCGCCCACCUUCAGGACAGCGACUCCGACCAGGCGCCCGAGCUGCUGGCCACCAUCCUGCAGGCUCCGCGCGGUCCGGAUAAACGGAGAACCCCCCCGAUGUUCAGUCACAUGCAGCACGGGCGCCCGAAUGCCACCCAAGUAUCUGACCACGAGUGGCUGUCCCAGUACCCAGAGCUGGAGCCCCUGGUGCGCCUCUCCCGGGAGCUGGCGGCGGCCGGGCGAGGCGAGGAGGUGGUGGGCCGGCUGCUAGUGGCGGACGGUGCGCCCAUCUCGGCCUCAAGAUUGCUGUCGCUGUACGACCUGGGGGGGGACGACGAUAUGUUCUCUGAGGAGCUGCCCAGCGAGGCCGUACAGCGCAUCCUGGGCCCCCUGGGCUGCCGGCCAUGUCUCCUGCUGGUGUCAGGGGCAGACGAGUGUGUGCCCCACCAGGACCGAAUCGUGACACGUGCGGAGUCGCUUCAAACCGCCAUCGGCUCCAGUGCCUGCCUCCACGUCGUGCCGGGUGCACCACACAACUUGGCGGGAUUCGAGGAGGCUGCCGCUGCAGCGCUGCAGCCGCAAUCGCAGCUGAACCCAUGA